UCUACAGACUUGCUCUGCUUAGUUGCAGCAGGACGAAAAUACUCCAAUGUGUAUGAAAAAAAUCAGACCAUAUCCUUGCUUUUCUCUGGGAUUACUGUGUGUAUGCUUCAACUGGACCAAGGUAGCCAGAAGUUUGACAUCGACCCGGGAUUCAGUAGCAGAAAGAGUUACCUGUACAGCUAUGAAGGCUUUAUGUUGAAUGGGCUUCAAGAAAGAAGUUUGGCAAAAGCUGGUGUGCGCUUGAGCAGCAAGCUAGAGAUCAGUGGGCUAUCAGAGAACACUUACUUCCUCAAGGUCCGCUCCCCACAAGUGGAGGAAUACAAUGGAGUCUGGCCCAGGGAUCCAUUCACUCGAUCUUCCAAAAUCACACAAAUGGUCUCAUCAUGUUUCAGCCGGCCUUUCAAAUUUGAAUACAGUAGUGGACGGAUCGGAAACAUUUAUGCCCCAGAAGACUGCCCUGAUACGUGUAUUAACAUAGUGAGAGGAAUCCUGAACAUGAUGCAGAUAACCAUUAAAAAAUCACAGAAUGUCUAUGAAUUGCAAGAGGCUGGAAUUGGAGGUGUUUGCCAUACAAGGUAUGUCAUCCAGGAAGACAGGAAGAAUAGCCGAGUCUCUGUUACCAAAACUGUAGACCAAAAUAACUGCCAGGAGAAGGUGAAGAAGAGUGUUGGAAUGGCUUACAUCUAUCCCUGUCCUGUCGAUACGAUGAAAGAAAGGCUGGUAAAGGGGACUGCGGCCUUCUCCUACAAGCUCAAGCAGUCGGACAGUGGCACCCUGAUCACAGAGGUUGCGUCGCAGCAGGUGUACCAGAUCUCACCAUUCAGCGAACCUACUGGGGUUGCUGUCAUGGAAGCAAGACAACAGCUUACCUUGCUGGAAGUGAGAAGUGAGCGAGGGAGCGCCCCAGGCAUUCCCAUGCAGAGCUAUGGAAGCCUUCGCUACCAGUUCCCGGAUGUACUGCCACAGAUGCCCCUUCAGCUAGUCAAGACAAAAAACCCCGAGCAACGGAUAGUAGAAACACUGCAGCACAUAGUCCUGAAUAACCAACAAGAUUUCCACGAUGAUGUUCCACAAAGAUUCCUAGAGCUUGUCCAGCUCUGCCGAAUAGCAAGCGCUGACACUCUUGAGUCUGUCUGGAGACAAGUUUCAGAUAAACCUCGUUACAGGCGAUGGCUACUGAGCGCAGUUUCUGCAAGUGGCACCACAGAAGCACUAAAGUUCAUUAAGACCAGAAUUCGCAGUGAUGAACUUAACUACAUUCAGACUCUUCUAACUGUUUCUUUGGCUUUCCAUUUAAUGAAGGUUGAUGAACACACUCUUCCAAUAGCAGCAGAUUUAAUGACCAGCUCUAGAAUUCAGAGAAGUCCAAUGCUUCAACAAGUUGCCUGCUUGGGAUACAGUUCUGUGGUCAAUAGAUACUGUUCUCAGACAUCAGCAUGUCCUAAAGAAGCUCUUCAGCCUAUCCAUGACCUGGCAGAUGAAGCAAUCAGCAAGGGCCGUGAAGACAAAAUGAAAUUAGCUCUGAAGUGCAUUGGUAACAUGGGAGAACCAGCCAGCUUAAAGCGCAUCCUGAAGUUCCUUCCGAUAUCUUCAUCCAGUGCUUCAGAUAUCCCAACCCACGUUCAGAUUGAUGCUAUCAUGGCCUUGAGAAAAAUAGCUUGGAAGGACCCCAGAACUGUGCAGGGAUAUCUCAUCCAGAUCCUUGCAGACCAGUCACUUCUCCCUGAAGUGCGAAUGAUGGCUUGUGCUGUUAUCUUUGAGACAAGGCCUGCCCUUCCUUUAAUAACAACGAUAGCUAAUGUGGUGAUGAAGGAGAGCAAUUUGCAAGUGGCCAGUUUCGUGUAUUCCCACAUGAAGGCUUUGUCAAAGAGCAGAUUACCGUAUAUGUACAACAUAUCUUCAGCUUGCAAUAUCGCCCUUAAGCUGCUGGCCCCCAAAUUGGACAGGCUGAGCUAUCGGUAUAGCAAGGUUAUUCGUGUUGGUGGUUACUUUGAUAACUAUAGAGUUGGUGUUGCUGGCGAUGUCUUUGUUAUGAACAGCCCAGGAACAAUGUUCCCAUCAGCAAUAAUUUCCAAGUUGAUGGCAAAUUCUGCAGGUUCAGUGGCUGAUUUGGUGGAGGUUGGCGUCCGAGUGGAAGGCCUCACAGAUGUUAUAAUGAAGCGAAAUAUUCCGUUUGCUGAAUAUCCCACAUACAAGAAGAUAAAGGAGCUUGGAAAAACUCUGCUGGGAUGGAAAGAGCUGCCGACAGAGACCCCCUUGAUAUCAGCCUACUUGAAAAUAUUUGGCCAAGAGGUGGCCUAUGUCAACAUCAAUAAGGAAGUCCUGCAACAAGCUAUGAAGACGAUAGUAGAACCUGCUGACAGAAACACAGCGAUGAAGAGAAUUGCCAACCAGAUCCGCAAUGGAAUUUCAGGACAGUGGACACAGCCGGUGUGGAUGGGAGAGCUGCGAUAUAUUGUUCCCAGCUGCCUCGGCCUGCCACUGGAAUACGGGUCGUACACCACGGCCCUGGCACGUGCUGCAGCCAACGUUGACGGAAAGAUGACCCCGCCUUUAACUGGAGAUUUUAGACCUUCUCAGUUGCUUGAUUCCACCAUGCAGAUUCGGUCUGACAUAAAUCCAAGCUUAUACGUACAUACAGUCGCAACAAUGGGUGUCAACACAGAAUACUUUCAACAUGCUGUUGAAAUUCAAGGCAAGGUCCAGAUGAGAGUGCCAAUGAAGUUUGAUGCCAAGAUAGACAUGAAAUUGAAAAAUAUUAAGAUUGAAACAAAUCCAUGCCGUGAGGAAACUGAGAUAUUGGUUGGAAGACAUAAGGCUUUUGCUGUAUCAAGAAACAUAGGAGAACUGGGUGUUGAAAAGAGGACCUCAAUUCUCCCAGGAGAUUCUUCAUCAAAUAUCAUGGAAGAACCUUUCAGUCCAACAGAGAGAGCUUCCAGGGAAAGUUUCACAGUGCAGGGGCCUGACAGCAUUCCAAGUAAACAUUCCCAUAGCUCUCAAGAGGAUCUUCUCCAUGGCACCAGAAGAAAAAUACAUAAACGAGACAUUUGCAUCAAACUGCAUCGUCUUGGUUGUCAGCUCUGCUUUUUCAGAAGGUCACGAGAUGCCAGUUUCAUAAAAAAUACAUAUUUGCACAGGUUAAUUGGAGAACAUGAAGCUAAAAUUGUUUUGAUGCCAGUUCAAACAGAUGCUGAUAUUGACAAAAUUCAGCUGGAGAUUCAGGCAGGAUCCAGAGCAGCCUCCAAAAUAAUUCAUGAAGUAAACUCAGAGUCUGAGGAAGAGGAUGAGACAUCUCCAUACGAGGACAUUCAAGCUAAACUGAAGAAGAUUCUAGGCAUUGACAAUGUGUUCAAGGUUGCAAACAAAACACGACACCAGAAAAAGCGACCUUCUAAGAAAGAAAACACAAUGCUAACAGAGCUUGGGACAGACGCCAAUGCAAAAACUCCCUCCAGCUCAUCUUCUGCCUCCUCAGCUGUUUCCUCUUCUUCCUCAUCAUCUGCUUCCUCUCCUGAUCAUAGAAAGCCCAUAGAUGAAGAUGACAAUGAUCAAGUAAAGCAAACUAGAAACAAAGACACAAGCCGCAAGAGCAGCAGCAGUAGUGGUAGUGGCAGGAGCAGCAAGAGCAGCAGCAGCAGUAGCAGCAGCAGCAGUAAGAGAAGCAGUAGCAGCAGCAGCAGUAGCAGCAGCAGAAGCAGCAAGAGCAGCAGCAGCAGCAGCAAAGGUAGCAGUAGUAGUGCUAGCAGCAGUAGCAGCAAGUCAGUGAAUCACCACAGCCAUAGGCAUCACUCAAGAUAUCUGAAUGGCAGCAGUAGCAGCAGCAGUAGCAGUAGGUCAGUGAGUCACCAUAGCCAUGGGCAUCACUCAGGACAUCUGGAAGAUGGCAGCAGCAGCAGCAGCAGCAGCAGCAUGUAUUCCAAAAUACGGGGAGGUCAUGAGAUUUAUCAGUACCGCUUUAGAUCAGCACACAGACAAGAGUUCCCAAAAAGGAAACUCCCAGCUGACCAAUACAGCAGCACAUACUCCUCUACAAGAUCCAGUUGUGACACAUCCCGAGCUGCUUCCCAGCCUAAAUUUCUGGGUGAUGUCAAAACACCAGUGUUAGCUGUUUUCCUGAAUGGCAUUAGUAACAAUAAGAAGACAGGAGGCCUCCAGCUUGUGGUAUAUGCUGAUAUCGAUUCCAUCAGGCCCCGGAUGCAGGUAUUUGUGUCAAACCUCACAGAUUCAAGCAAGUGGAAGCUCUGUGCUGAUGCUUCAGUCCUCAAUGCUCACAAGGCAGUGGGUUACCUGAAGUGGGGCCGGAAUUGCCAGGACUACAAGGUUUCUACUGAGCUGGUAACUGGGCGGUUUGCUGGCCACCCUGCUGUACAAGUGAAAUUGGAGUGGCCUAAGGUUCCUUCAAGUGUCAGAUCAAUAGCAGAAUGGUUUUACAAUUUUGUCCCUGGGGCUGCAUUUAUGCUGGGGUUCUCUGAGAGAAUGGACAAGAAUCCUUCUCGACAAGCCAGGGUGGUCGUGGCUCUAACUUCUCCAAGGACAUGUGAUGUUGUUAUCAAGCUUCCUGAUAUGAUCCUCUAUGAAAAAGCCAUGAGACUUCCCCUGCCACUCCCUGUAGGUCCAAGGAUACCAGCUUCAGAGCUGCAGCCUCCAAUCUGGAAUGUCUUUGCUGAAGCCCCCUCUGCAGUGCUUGAGAAUUUGAAAGCUCGCUGCUCAGUUUCGCACAACAAGAUCACAACCUUUAAUGAAGUCCAGUUUAACUACACGAUGCCAGCAAACUGCUAUCACAUCUUGGCUCAGGACUGUAGCCCUGACCUUAAGUUCCUGGUGAUGAUGAGGAAUGCUGAAGAAGCUAUGAACCUUAAAGCCAUCAACAUCAAGCUUGGCAGCCACGAAAUUGAUAUGCAUCCUGCCAAUGGACAGCUGAAACUGCUGGUGGAUGGGGUUGAAAGCCCCUCAACAAAUGUUUCACUCAUAUCUGCUGGUGCUUCUUUGGGAAUCCACAGUGAAAAGCAAGGCCUUGUACUUGUUGCCCCAGCCUAUGGCAUUGAUAAAUUAUACUUUGAUGGAUACACAUUCAUGAUUCAAGUUGCUUUAUGGAUGGCAGGGAAAACAUGUGGAAUAUGUGGAAAAUAUGAUGCAGAAUGUGAACAGGAAUAUCGGAUGCCCAAUGGAUAUCUAGCUAAAGAUGCUGUGACCUUUGGUCAUUCUUGGAUUUUGGAAGAAACACCUUGUAGAGGAGCUUGUAAACUGCACCGUUCAUUUGUGAAGCUUGAGAAGAUGGUUCAGCUUGCGGGUGUAGAGUCAAAGUGCUACUCUACAGAGCCUGUGCUACGCUGUAGGAAAGGAUGCUCUGCCACCCAGACGACUCCAGUAACUGUUGGUUUCCACUGUCUUCCAGCUGAUUCGGCUACUAGCAUGACUGACAAACAGAUGAAAUUCGACCAGAAGUCAGAGGAUAUGCAGGAUACUGUUGAUGCACACAUAGCAUGUUCAUGUGAGAAUGAAGAAUGCAGUACAUGAAGCUGUACACUUCAGCGCAGGAGAAAACAGAAACAUUUUAAUGUUUUUAUUGUGUUGUCUAAGAAGACUCAUCUUAAGAAACAAUAGAAAUACUAAAUUAAAUACUUAAAGAUGUGUGGAAUUUUCCUAAGUAAUUUAAAGUAUUAAACUUUAUUAUUGUAUAAACUGUUCUAAUUGCCUAUAAAUAUCUGAUUUUGUAAUAAAUAUGUGCAUGGAAAGAUUGAUGAAGGCUUCCUUAUUUCACUGGUUGUAGAAAGAGGAGAUCCACAUUGCUUCUCCUCGACCCACAUUUUGUAGAUUUCUUGAGUCUGUGACAGCCAGCUGUGUAGACAUGCAUCAGACAAGUGUUUGUGUCUGGCCCCACUGCGGUAUGGGUUAGGUUGAGUGGCAGAAGCUGCAUGCCAGGCUCCUGCUUGUUUCCGCCAGUGCUUUCUUCUUUGGUGUGCACCCGCAACAGGAACUGAUCGGCUCUGGGUGAUACAGCACCCUCUGCAACAGCAACACAAUGUGGUGCUCCACAGUAAUAAGGCAAUGUGCCAGUGCUGCCAUGGGCAACAGCAGGAUCAGGGAAUAAGCCUGAACCUCAGGCCUCUGGACAAGGCUGCCCUGAGGGAAGCAAGAGCACCUUAUGUUCCUGACACUCCCCACACAGAAGCUGGUGCAAAUCAGGGGGUCUCCAAACAGCCCCUGGGUGUGAUGCCCACCCGCGGCAGGUCUGCGUGGUCACGGGGACAGAUGUGCUCCUCUGCCCUGAGCGCCAGAGGGUGCCCGGGGGGUUUCAGCCUUAUAUUCCAGGUCAGUGUUUCAUGCUUGACCCUGGGGCCAUGCCAGCAGAUUGAAUGUGUACGGCAGGUGGGUUUUCUGUGGGAGAACCACCUCAGGUACAGACCACCUCAGACUCAGACACAACCACUGAUGUCAGUGAUUUCCUUGGUAGCUUAAAUCAUCAGGAUUAUUGCACUAAUUUCAAUAGAAAUAGCAUUGUUCCCUUUUACAUUUAUCAGUCCUAUCUAAUCAGCGUUCUCCCAAUUCAUAUGUGUGUAGCCAGACAUUUUUAUAACUGACCACAUUC